AUGAGCAUUGCCAACAACCCGAACCUUGUUGGCUACCUCAAAUACCCAGCCCCUAGCUCGGACGGCUCGUUCGCCAUCUGCAUUGCAAACGGCGAAGGGGACGCGUUCUGGAAGUCUAUUCCUGAGGAAUAUCGCCCCGUACUAGACAAACACGGCGCGGGAAUGCAGGUCGAGACUAUCCUCAGCGGGAAUAUGACCGCUAUUGGCAGCGUCUUCCUGCCGUUCCUGCUCAAGAACAAGGAGACUGGCGAACGUAUGCGCUACAUCCUCCGCGCGAUAGUCUUGCCUGGCCUCUUCAUGCCAAUGUUCAUCAGCGGCAAUGAGCGCAGCGUCGUUGAGCAGGCAGCUUACUCUGGGCGCGAAGGGCCUGUUUUUACCCUCAAGUGCGGCGACGGGACGUGCCCGGUACAGGGGCAGUAAGUUCGCGCUUAUCAUGCGGUCUAGGCGUCCACAGCAAGAUGGCGAGGUUCUAUCCAUUCGAGAAGGCGGAAGCAAGCUGGGAAUUUCAGAAGAUAUGAUUUGACUAUUCAUCAUGCCAGGAAGUGAAUUUAUCAGAGCUAUAUGUCACCUUUGGCCGCUAUGACGAAUGUUCUCAAAGACCUCAUCUUC